UAACGUUACCACACUUUUCUUUAUAGGGAGUCAUAUUCACGCGGAUCGGCUUAGCAGCGAGUCAGAAGCCUUGAGAAAGCGGUUUAACUCGGUAUUCGUUGGAUCAGACGUGGUUUAACAGUGAACGGCAGGGGAAAGUCUCCUGUGUGUAUGUGUGUGGCUGUAGUUGCCACCUUCACUGCUCGCGCCUCAGCUCAGCCCAGUCCACCGCGAGGCGGAGGGAGGGAGAGAGAGGGAGAGAGAGAGAGACAGUCAAGGAGAGGGAGACACGGCGUUGAAUUACAGCGGCCGCUGAAAAAGGAAGACGCACCGGCUGAGGGGAAAAUGAACGCGAAAUGGAAGCCGCGGUUGGGCUGAAACGCGUGUGAGCUUUUUUUUUCUUUAUCUCGGGAAAACCCGCUUUGUGAAUGCUCCAAACAUGCCGGGCUGGAAGAAGAACAUCCCCGCUUGUCUACAAGCCGACCAAGAAGGAGAUGAGGGGCCCUACACAAAACACUCCAACCCCUCCAGACCACCAGAUGGAGCUCUGGCCAUCAGAAGACAGAGUAUUCCAGAUGAGUUUAAGGGCUCCAGCAUCGUGGAGCUCAUGAAGAAGGAGGGCACCACCCUGGGCCUGACCGUGUCUGGUGGCAUCGACAAGGACGGCAAGCCCCGCGUCUCCAACCUCCGCCAGGGAGGCAUUGCAGCCAGGAGUGACCAACUGAACGUAGGAGACUACAUCAAGUCUGUCAACGGCAUCAACCUGACCAAGUUCCGUCACGAUGAAAUCAUUAGCCUAUUGAAGAAUGUGGGGGAACGAGUGGUCCUGGAGGUGGAGUACGAACUGCCGCCUGUCUCUGUUCAGGGUACGGGUGUAAUGUUUAAAAAUGUUGAGGUGACUCUGCAUAAAGAGGGAAACACGUUUGGAUUUGUCAUCAGAGGAGGCGCCCAUGAAGACAGGAACAAAUCUCGUCCGGUUACCAUAACAACUAUCAGACCCGGCGGCCCUGCUGACAGGGAAGGCACCAUCAAACCAGGAGACCGACUGCUGAGCAUCGACGGCAUCCGCCUGCACGGCACUUCCCACGCAGAGGCCAUGAGCAUCCUCAAACAGUGCGGCCAGGAAGCCACGCUUCUCAUUGAAUACGAUGUGUCCAUCAUGGACUCCAUAGCCAGUGCUUCUGGCCCGCUGCUGGUGGAAGUGGCCAAGCCUCUGGGCUCCAGCUUAGGAGUGGCUCUCUCUACCUCCAUGUACUGCAACAAGCAGGUCAUCAUCAUCGACAAAGUGAAGCCGGCCAGCAUCGCUGACAGGUGUGGGGCACUACAUGCAGGUGACCAUAUCCUGUCAGUAGAUGGCACGAGCAUGGAGUAUUGCACACUGGCUGAAGCCACACAGCUCUUGGCUAGUGCCUGCGAACACGUCAAAAUGGAGAUUCUCCCUCACCACCAGACCAGACUGGCCCUUAAAGGCCCAGAGCACGUCAAGGUGCAGAGGAGCAACCGGCCACUGCCCUGGGAGUCCGGCACCAACAACAACAGCAACUUCCUCCCCUCCCAGCACUAUAACACCUACCACCCUGACCAGUCCCGCAGCCAGGCCAAGCAGAAAUCCUCUCCGAACAACCCUUCUCUUGGUUCGUCCUUCUCGCCCACCUCCAUGAGUGCCUACAGCCUGAGCUCCCUCAACAUGAGCACACUGCCCCGCAAUAUGUAUCCCACAAGCCCCCGUGGCACUAUGAUGAGGCGCAAGCUCAAGAAGAAGGACUACAAGAGCUCCUUGUCUCUGGCCUCCAGCACUGUGGGCCUGGCCGGUCAGGUGGUCCACACCGAGACCACUGAGGUGACUUUGGUCAGUGACUCCAUCAUGGGAUUUGGAAUCCAGCUCCAGGGAGGGGUCUUUGCCACGGAAACGCUCACCUCUCCUCCACUCAUCGCUUACAUAGACCCCGACAGCCCGGCCGAGAGGUGCGGUAUCUUGCAGAUUGGCGACCGGAUCCUGUCCAUCAACGGGAUUCCCACAGAGGACAGCACACUGGAGGAGACCAACCAGCUGCUGCGGGACUCCACCAUUACCAGCAAAGUCACACUGGAGAUUGAGUUUGACGUAGCAGAAUCUGUCAUCCCAAGCAGUGGCACCUUCCACGUGAAGCUACCAAAGAAGCCAGGCGUGGAGCUGGGCAUCACCAUCAGCUCUCCAUCCAACAGGAAGCCAGGGGAUGCUCUCAUCAUCUCAGACAUUAAGAAGGGCAGUGUGGCACACAGGACGGGUACACUGGAGCUAGGGGAUAAGCUCUUGGCCAUCGAUAACAUCCGCCUAGACAACUGCUCCAUGGAGGAUGCUGUCCAGAUCCUACAACAAUGUGAGGAACUGGUCAAGCUCAAGAUCCGCAAGGACGAAGACAACUCAGGUGUCCUGCGUGCAGACCGUGUUGAUAUGGACGCCCGUGUGCUGUUGGCCUGUGUUGCAGACGAGCAGGAGAGCUCUGGGGCCAUCAUCUACACGGUGGAGCUGAAGCGCUACGGGGGCCCUCUGGGCAUCACCAUCUCCGGCACCGAGGAGCCCUUCGACCCCAUCAUCAUCUCCAGCCUCACUAAGGGCGGCCUGGCCGAGAGGACGGGUGCGAUCCAUGUUGGAGACCGCAUCCUGGCCAUCAACAAUAACAGUCUGAAGGGCAAGCCCCUGAGCGAGGCCAUCCACCUGCUCCAGAUGGCUGGAGAGUCCGUCACACUCAAGAUCAAGAAGCAGGGAGAACUGGUGAGUCCUAAGCAGCCGUCUGUGUCUGGGCGUCUGGGGGAACUGAGUGAUGUGGAAGAUGAGAAUCAAAGUGGUCAGAAAGCAGGCAAAUUAUCAGACAUUUACUCCACCACCAUCCCCAGCGUGGACAGUGCUGUAGAGUCCUGGGAUGGCUCUGCAAUCGACACCACCUUCAGCACCCAGGCCCCUACAGGCUUCCAGGCCUCAGGCUACAGCUUCCACAGUCAUGAGUGGAGGAAUGCCAAAGUGAGCCGGGGCAGUCUUUCUCCGGUCAGCAGCAACCGUCAGAGAAACAAUAUCCUGCAGGACCUGGGUCUCAGCGAUGAUGAGUGGGACAGACCUGCUGCUAGCGGAGCCGCCACGCUGCCCACUGGCCUUAUCUCAGACAGCAGGUUCACUGUGGGCCAUGAUGGGACAGAGCCAGACCAGGAGGAGAACUUCUGGUCACAAGCACUGGAGGAUCUGGAGACAUGCGGUCAGUCGGGGAUCCUCCGGGAACUCGAGGACAAGCCAGACAGGCUUCUGACUAAGAGAAACCUGGCCAUCUUGGCCACCAUCAUGUCCGGGAGCACACUCAGUCUGAACCAUGACCCUACACCCACACGGACCCACCUGGGCAGACAGGCCAGCUUCCAGGAGCGCGGCAGCAACAGGCCUCAGUACACACAGGCUAACCGCAGCAACACACUGCCCAGCGACGGUGGCCGCAAGGCCUUUGCCAUGAGGAAGAUGAAGCAGGAGAUUAAGGACAUCAUGUCACCAAACCCUGUGGAGCUACACAAGGUGAGUCUGUUCAAAGAGUCGGAUCUGGAGGACUUUGGCUUCAGUGUGUCUGAUGGGCUUCUGGAGAAGGGUGUCUAUGUCAACAACAUCCGUCCAGGGGGGCCUGCAGAGGUGGGGGGGUUGAAGCCCUAUGACAGGCUACUACAGAUCAACCACGUCCGGACCAGGGACUUCGACUGCUGCUUGGUGGUUCCUCUCAUUGCGGAGUCUGGGAACAAACUGGACCUGGUCAUCAGCCGAAACCCAGUGUCUAUGCCGCCCUCUGAACUGAACCAGCUGCCCAACGAGGAGCCGGUGAGCUGGACUGACCCCUCUGAGCCCCUUCUACAGCCAGCGGCCGGACAGGAGGCUGCCCAGCAGAACUCCGUGCUGGCAGGGGUGGACGACAGGGACCCCAACAAGACCUUAUAGCAGAACUUACCCUCCCAGCGCUGGCAGACGAGUGCUUCUCAUGGUGCUAACUGAACCCGUCCUGACUGCUCCCCCCACUGGGAGCGAGCGGGAGCCUGUCCGUGAUAUAGCACACCCAGUUUCUUCCCUGAGCCAGAGCAUGAGCCACACUGACCAAGAGAGGUGUCCUCUCCACGCCUGCUGGGUGCGUUUUUAGUCCUGUGGGAAUUACACUAACGUUGGAGGAAGACCAUACUGACCUCUUGAAAUAUUAAACUGAAAAGAUGACAAGAAAAUCGAAACAGUGCCAUCCCUCAUUUUUAUUGCCAAUGAACACAAGUUGUUUUAAGGAGAGACACGAAAGCAAAAUAAGCAAAAGGAAACCUUGAGACGUUUACACAUGAUGUUGGACUGGCCUCUCUGUCUAUUUGUAUGUAUGUAUGUGUGUAUGUACUGGAGAAUGCCCCUUGUGUCAGCAUUCUCUGCGCGUAUGUGUAGGACAUUCUUAUACGAGUCUAGGCCAGAACAAUUCUCCACGUCCUCUGUUUGCAAAAAGUCCCACGUCCUAACCUUAGCUGUUCACCUUGUACCCCGGAAACAGCUCCUCCAGUUCCGUCCUUUUGUAGUGCUGAAUCCCAAAUGUGUGUAUAGUGAAGACCCCUGUUAAAUCCUCACAAGUGAUGCCAAGGUCUAAGUUCUCUGCCUUACUCACUCAGCGGAAAAAGAGUUUGGUACAAGCUCAGCAAAGUGAAUCCAAUAGCCAUUUUCCAAAAACGUGGCAAAAAGUAAGUGAGUCAGCCUGAGUGGGUUGGGUAGCAUAAUGCAUGAGACCUUUACUGAACUACUUUGUAAUGGUAGACGUACUAUUGUACAAAAAAAGAGAACUUGGCUACAUGUAGUUAAAAAAGUAAACAAAAAAAAGAAUUUUGAAUAACAGAAAGGCCAUAAUUUUAUUCCAGGUGUCGCUUGCUGGUAUAAAUACAAAUCUAAUUGUUUGAACUCUGAUGUCAUAUUGAACUAAGAGGGAUUGUUUCACCAUGAUACUGAAGGGGUGGUACCUAAGGCACCUUAUCUUAGAAUUGGACAGAUUUCUAUUUUUCUUAGUAGUGGCAAAUGAUUUAUAAGUGAGCAAUGAGCAGAUGUAUGCAAUCUGAGUGAUGUGAUAGGGAUAUGUUAAGCAAUCAUUUUGCCUUACACUCAUAGGAAGCUGCUCAUGCGCAGAUCGGAAAACAUUGUGAUACAAAUGAUGUAUUUUGGUUUGAAAGCAGCUUUGUUAGGUGUUUGUUAGAUGUAAGCAGUAGGACUAGUUUAACCCCUAGGCAUGUGCUCCAUUUCGGGGGAAGUCGAUUGCUCGCACAAAGCGGAGACGAAAUAUCCACUCCAGACUGUCCCAAAUCAGCCUCCUCCCAGAUUCAGAGAAAGGGACUGACAUGCCAGUUCUGAGUGACUGUGGUGACAGAGAAUUGCGUCAGUGAUGAGGCGAAGAUGCCAUGCUGGGAACGGUCUCACGUCAGUCAAGUGUAGAGACAGCAUGUGGUGAGAAUAAUAUUGAAAUAUUCAUUCUGGAGUUAGUUUGGGGGAAACCUUCUAGCCACCAGUAGUUUGUAGCUGUCAAGAUCUUUACUCUUUGACCUGCAGCUCUCAUUCUAACAUCACCCCAAAAGGAAAAAAAAAAGAUUUUUAAAAAUGUCAAGCAUGAAGUUGUCCAGACACAAGAGGCUCAAAACAACUUCUAGUCUAUACUCCCCCCUUGUUUAAGUGAAUAUGAACUUAUACUAAUCUACUGUAUGUGGUAAUGGUACGGUUUUGUAUGUUUACUUGUUUUUUUUUUUUCCAAAGGGUGUACAAAUUAUUUGUAAAGAGAAAAAAAAGACAAUGGCACUUGUCAUGUGAGAAUGGGGUUUGUCAGGUAAGUUGCAUCAGUCCUACCAAAAGAGGUAGAACAUCAAGGAAACAUUCUUCACUCUAAAGAAAAAAAACUGUAGCUCUGUUCAGAAAAAAAAAAAGUUAGAGAAGAAAAAAAAAGUGGCCAUAAGCAAGCUGCCUAUGGCCACACUUCCCUUCACCCACCUGUGCGUAUAAAAUUGUGGCUUUUGAUGAGUGAUGUUACCCUUGUCGUCUGUGCUCACACACCCUGUCUACUCACUAUUUAAAAUGGCAUGUAGCGGUCCAAUCUGAUCAUAACCUCAUCAGGGGAACACUCACAUGGGAUAUCUUUAUGGAGACUGUUUUAAGCAACUCUGUUAUUUUCGUUUGUUUUCUAAGGUUCCUUCAGGUUACGGGUUCAUUCCCCAAACUCAUGCACUGGAUUUGAGAUGUUCUCAGAUGUCAUUGUUUAGAAUAUUGUUGACAUGCUGACAUGUUACAUAUUGAAUUCUGAUCCUCAAGGCCUGAUUCGAGCAAGUUUUCACUGUAAGCAUUGUGGCGUCUGAUGCAUUGCUUUUUUCUUCUGACUUAAGUUUAACCUCACUGUGUUACUGCAAAUAACACGUAUUCACAUGUAAGUGUUUGGACUUUUUUGUUAAUGCAGUUUCUCAUUUUUAUGUUCCUUUUGUGGAAUCAUCUAAGUGGAUUUAAGCACUGCCAAUUAAAAUAGUGGGUAUCCAUUUUCUGUGUAUGAUGAAUUAAUGAAUCAAUUCCACAGUUAUGUCCCUGAAAUAUUGUAUUUUUAUUUCUAAUGGACAGGUAUUAUGAGCUGUAAAGUAUUUUUGUACAAAUUUAAUACUUUGUUAGCAUGAUAUUUAUCGUCUAUGUAUAACUUUGGGGAUUCCUACAGCUGUAAACCUUUGUAUGGCCAACAAAAAGAGAAACAAUAAAAAGAUAUACAGAGUGGA